AUGAUUAGAAAUGUUCGAUUAAUAGAUCAUACCAGCUAUGCCAUAUCAAUCCUACAGAAAACGAUGUCGAAGGUUGAGGAACGCUGUUGGUGCAAUUUAAAAGUUGAUGACAUGCAGUUUCAUGUAAAACCUACUGUCUCACUAAUUUUGCCGUUAAUAUUUUGCAGCGAGACAGUCCUGAAUCGAGUGAUAUUUGCAGACAUAGACUUAACUGAUGGAUUUGUAGUGUCGUUGCAAAAGAUAAGCAUUGUACAACAUACUAUACAGCAAGUAUGGUUGUCGCGGAGUGCUAAUGAUGCUAAUGUUGAAAUACGAGCGACUUUGAGGAUGGAAGAUGUCUCUAUAGGAUUUGAUGUUAAAACAGAAAUGGAUAACAAAAUUACACACACCACAGGAGUUAUGAUUUACCCUUUAAUUACAUUUGCCUUUACGAUAUCUAAACAUUUGUUUACGGAUGAAAUAACAGUAAGAGUUGUGAGUGAAGUGGUAAGAACUACAAAUGUUAUGACCUUUACCCCAGAGACCGAUGUUACAAGAGUUUUCACACGUUUAGUGAGUUUUAAAUUUGCUAACAUAUCCAUUGGCAAAAUUUUGUUAUCCGCCAUCAAUGAAAUUUCAUCAUCAUCAUCAUUAUCAGCCGAUGGACUUUCACUGUUAGAAAUAGGCCUCUUGUAUAGACUUCCAAACAUCACGUUCUCGAGCCGCCAGCAUCCAGCGACUCCCUGCAACCCGCUGGAUGUCCUCGGUCCAUCUAGUGGGGGGUCGACCAAUACUGCGCUUUCCGGUGCGGGGUCGCCAUUUCACGUCCAUCUCUCUCUUAUAGCUCUUCGAACUAUGUGCCCUGCCCGUUGCCACUUCAUCUUCGCGACUUGCUGAGCUUUGUCGGUGCCUUUGGUUCUUUCGCAGAUAAACGGAUAUCCGCGAAAUUAAAAUAAUAGAAAAAAAAACAGGUUCUGAAGACCAGACUAGAAUAGUACCUAAAUGUAACAAGUAGUAGCGUAUUCUCAGGAAAUUUCGUUUCGCAUUGACAGUUGAGUCAAUGCGUUGAGAUGUAGAGUUCCUGUAAGAUCUUCAAGGAAAUCUAAAGGCUCCCGCACACGGGCCACCGGCCACAACCACAAAACGCCGCUACCGGCAUAUUUCUUGAAGUUUUCAUACGUUUUAUAUGGACUCGUCGCACACGCCGCUGCUCGCUUCUUGUGGCACGAACUGACCACUAAACGCAGACACAAACCGUGCUCGCGCUCGCACUCGCGCGGUUAUGAUACUGCAUGUAUGGGUUAAGAAGUAGCAGCCACCCACCACAAGUGUCGACCACCGGCCACAAGUGGCUGUCGCGCGCUUCUGCUACUUUUGUGGCCCCUUCUUGCUUCUUGUAGCGGCGUUUGUGGCUGUCGCGUGUGGCCCGUGUGCGGCGACACUAAGUGCAU